AUGUCGCUCGUGCUGAAAUCAGUUUUAUUAGACUGGUCAAAUGUGACUCAGAACAAUCUCAACAUCGUCGCUGUGGAGGAGGAAUCCCGUACUGUUCACCACACGCAGUCUUGUUUCCUGUCCUCCCCUACCACAGGCCUUAAAAGCGCCGCCAGCACGCUACUGAGCUCUCGUGUGCCGGCAAAGAGGAGGCGGACGAGGAUGCGGGCUGAGCAACGCGGCCCGGCCGAGGAGGGGGGCGAGCGCCGCAAGGGUCUGACGAAGAUGGCGACGGCGGCCGCGGUGGUGCUGGCGCAGAGCUUGCUGGUGGCGGCCUGCUUGGCGCUCACGCUCUUCGUCUACUGGGAUCUGCAGGAGCUGGCCUCACGAGACAACGUCCACAUUCAGUUUGACGUCAUUUCGGACAUUUGGGGUAACGCCACGCUGCAGUUCGACAACGUCCGCAGCAGCCACCACAUGGGCCUGGCGGACGACCGGCGCAGCAAGAUCGCGGUGGGCUGCGACGGGCCCUACGUGCUCUACGUGGACGUGUGCUACCGGAGCCUGGAGCCGGGCGCCGCCGGCACCCUGCGGCUACGGGCGGGGGGCAGGGCGGCCCCUCUGUGCGCCUUCCACCUGGCGGGUCGGCACGAGGCCUGCGAGUGGCUCCACGCCGUCGCCUACCUGCGCGCCGGCGAGAAAGUCAAGCUGGACCUGCGCUCCACGGGAUUCUUUAAGAUUAAGAACGUGACAGUGGGCCUCAGCUCCUUGCUGGGGGGGCGCUGUGAGUUCUGAAGACCGCGGACACUCCACUAGAGACUUUUUUUCCAUUCCAUCCGAUUUCCUUAAAUAGCGGCCGGGUGCAUCAUCCACUAAAGAUUUGCACCUCCCUCGAAUAAACGCCUCCCUUUUUACAACAGGAAUGAAAAUUGUUCAUAGAUGCCACGCGAAAAGCCCAUUGGAACUCUGUUGCUAACCAAACCAGCAGAAGAUGCUAUUGUUCAUCCAAGUCCAUUUAAAAUGUUGCCAACCAGAAGAAGAACAACCGCUCUUGUAAAGAGCACUUGUAAUGUAACAAAAUUUCACUGAUGUGUACUUAAAGAGCAACUGACACCAAAAUAUACGUUUUAAAAUCGAUAUUGUUACGGAAACUACAUACAAUAUGAUUCACGUCAAUGUGAAUACGAAAAAAAAAAGUAAGCGGAGAGCAUGUCAUUAAUGCGCAAAGUGGCGGAAGUCUCACUCGACAUCCCAGUGGCGGCCAUAUUGCCUGCGACGUCAUCAGCAGAUGUCACACAGGGACAGUCGUGCCAUAGAAAACGCGCUGUGCCGCCUGCGAGGGCAGAUGAACGAGAGAUUUUCGGAUUUUUUCUGAGACUCAAAAUCUGAGACUGAAGCUCUUUUCGAAGAAGAGAAAAUCUCAGAGGCAAAUGAAGUAACCGGGGCCAUAUUACCUUAUCGUUUUAAGCCAUAUUCGACAUAGACAUAGAUAUGCGGAUCACUUCUAAAUGACAACGGACUCCCCGACACACAGACGAGGAAGACGAAGAACCCGAUCAAAUAUUCAAAAUGACUGGCCCAUAAUUGUUCGAUUUCCUAACCCUUUUACAAGUCUUGUGUACUCAGGAGGACCCAUGCCGGGUGAAGUAAGUGGCCAGUAGGGGGGGAGAGCUCCUUUCUAGUCCCCGCACGUGGUCGCCCACCUACCCGCCGACCCACCGUCACGUCGGCUGCCCGGCGGCUAACGUCGGGCCGCCGGCUAAUGGCCAUACUGCCUUCCUGGAACAUGCGCUGGAAAUAACAUUUGUGUUGUGUUGUGUGUGAUUAAAUUGUCUUAAACGCAAUACAAGUCCUCUGUUAUAGUUUGCUGGUUUGACCAAGGGGAAUUAUUCUAAAUUCACACGUAACAUAUGCCAUAAACUGUGAGACCAAUUAGUCUCCCCCAACUAUUAUUAUUUUUUUAAUAGGUCUAUACACCUGUCAUUUGGAACACACAAAGCUCUUGUCCUUUGCACCUGUGCAAUCCAUUUUUCACGACGAACCGGGUCUUUUGGAAACGUGUGAAGAGUGAAUCCAUCCUCCCGAGUCUUUGAGCAAAUUCCAGCAAUACAAAGAGCUUGCAUUUUGGCUAACACAGAAAAAAAACAACAAAUUUCUCGCCGGUAAAACUGAUAUAAACACUCAAACCCGGGGCUGUAGGUGUCUGCAAAA